GAACACUGGCCGACUGUCGUGAACACUGGCCGACUGUCGUGAACACUGCCCGAUUGUCGUGAACACUGCCCGACUGUCGUGAACACUGGCCGCCCACUGAAGAUGGCGGCGGAGCUGCAUCCGCGGAGCGGAAAGCUGAUCGGCCUGUCCAACUCAAACCGAACCGCCCGGCGCAACCAGCCGGUCCAGGAGUUCAACCACGGCCUGGUGCUCAGCAAGGAGCCGCUGAGGGACCGGGAUGUCUUCACCGUCCGCAUUGACAAGAAGGUGAACUCGUGGAGCGGUUCCAUUGAGAUUGGCGUAACGGCACUGGACCCUGCCGCGCUGGACUUCCCCAGCAGUGCCACAGGCCUCAAGGGUGGCUCCUGGAUCGUGUCGGGCUGCUCGGUGCUCCGCGACGGUCGCUCUGUCCUGGAGGAGUACGGCCGCGACCUUGACCAGCUGGCCGAGGGCGACCGCGUGGGCAUCCAGCGCAGCUCCCGCGGCGAGCUCCACCUCUGGGUGAAUGGGCAGGACUGCGGUGCCGCGGCGAGCGGCUUGCCACCAAAGCUGUGGGCGGUGGUGGACCUGUAUGGCAAGUGCACUCAGGUGACGGUGGUGAGCUGUGAGCCACCGCCACCCUCCGCGGAGAAAGAGACAAUAGAGAGGGAGGAAGAGGUGGAUGAUGAGGAGGAGGAGGAAGAGGUGGUGGUGUGUGGGGUGCGGGAGGAUGCAGGGAUCACGGCGCUGAUGAAUGUGGCAGCAAUGAAUGGAAUGAUGAACGGAGAUGAAGUGCCUGAGCUUAGUUGCAGUCACAGCCGACCCGACAAAUUCCCCAACAACCUGGAGCCUGACACAGUUCUAACGGAGCACCAGCUCUUUGACGUGUUCAACAACGCAAUAGUUUCUUUUUAUCGCUCUGAGGACGAGGGCGGAGGUGAGGAUGGAGGAGGCGGAGGAGGAGCAGGAGGAGGUGGCAGCGGAGGAGGGAACGCAGGAACCGACACUUCCUCCAGAAAUGACCGAGGGAGCAACAGCAGUGGAGGAGGCGCUGUGAACAGCGAGAGCGGGACGGGGACAACUGGUGGAGGAGGUAGCGGCGGAGAGAGUGGAAACACUAACAGUAGUCCGGCUAGUAACGGAGGGAGCGGGCAAGGGAUUAUCACGGGUGGGAUGACCACCAAUGAUGCGCUGCUUUUCCACGAAAAGUGCGGCACGCUGAUCAAACUGAGCAACAACAACAAGACGGCAGAGCGGAGGAGACCGCUGGAUGAGUUCAACAACGGAGUGGUGAUGACAAACCGGCCGCUGCGACACAACGAGAUGUUCGAGAUCCGGAUUGAUAAGCUAGUGGACAAGUGGUCAGGAUCUAUAGAGAUUGGCGUCACCACACACAAUCCCAACAACCUGGACUAUCCUGCAACUAUGACCAAUCUGCGCUCAGGUACAAUCAUGAUGAGUGGUUGUGGGAUACUGACGAACGGGAAAGGAACCCGCAGAGAAUACUGUGAAUUCAGCCUUGAUGAACUUCAGGAGGGAGAUCAUAUCGGGUUGAUGCGCAAAGCCAGCGGAGCACUCCAUUUCUACAUCAAUGGAAUCGACCAAGGUGUCGCAGCCGCCCAGACCCCCGGUGUAGUAUACGGCGUGGUCGACCUUUACGGCAUGGCUGUCAAAGUCACCAUAGUCCACAACCACAACCACAGUGACCGCCUCAGACGAAACAACGCCAUCAUGAGGGCACUAUCCCCUGAUGUAGGCAGGCCCAGGCCAUCCCUCUCUCUGACCCCAGACCCCGAGGGUCCUGACCGGCUGCUCUUUCACCCCAACUGUGGACAGAAGGCGGCCAUCAUCAGUGAUGGGAGGACAGCACUGCGACCACAUGCGACUGAUGACUUCAACCAUGGCGUGGUCCUGAGCAGCCGCCCACUGCGCUCCAACGAGGUGUUCCAGGUUCGCAUUGACAAGAUGGUGGACAAAUGGGCAGGAUCCAUCGAAAUCGGUGUCACAACGCACAACCCUGCUUACCUGCAGCUGCCCUCCACCAUGACUAACCUGCGCUCCGGGACGUGGAUGAUGACGGGGAAUGGCGUCAUGCACAACGGAACAACAAUACUUGAUGAGUACGGACACAACCUGGACCGACUCAAAGCAGGCGACACAGUAGGCGUAGUUCGGAAAGAAGAUGGCAGCCUCCACUUCUUUGUUAACGGUGUGGCUCAGGGCCCCGCCGCCUGGAACGUCCCUCCCAGCGUGUACGCCGUGGUCGACCUUUAUGGGCAGGCUGCUCAGGCCACCAUCAUGGAUGACAUGGUCGAUCUCCCUCCUCUCCCAGAGGACAGCUCAGAAGGCCCCACAGCCAUGUCUCCAGGGAGCCCCUGCUCAGUGGGCGGAGCCAGCACAACCAACGACCUGCGUUUCCACCAGCUACAUGGCACCAAUGCCGUCAUCACCAAUGGGGGGCGCACCGCCCUGCGUCAGAACUGCCGCAGCGAGUUCAAUGACGCUAUCGUAAUUUCCAACAGGUGCCUUCGAGAUGGAGAGCUGUUUGAAAUCAUAAUUCAGAAGAUGGUGGACCGCUGGUCGGGUUCAAUAGAAGCAGGAGUGACAGCAAUCAGGCCAGAGGAGCUUGAGUUUCCCAACACGAUGACUGAUAUUGACUACGACACGUGGAUGCUCAGUGGAACAGCCAUCAUGCAGGACGGCAACACAAUGCGCAACAAUUAUGGUUGUGACUUGGACUCACUGACCACCGGCUCAAGGAUCGGUAUGAUGCGCUCAGCCAUCGGGGACCUCCACUACUACAUCAAUGGCGUGGACCAAGGUGUUGCCUGCUCGGGUCUGCCACCAGAGGUGUUUGCCGUGAUCGACCUGUAUGGUCAGUGUGUUCAGGUAUCCAUCACAAGCUCCUCAGGCCCGCUGGACAACAGCCUCUGUACCAGCAACAUCACUGAGAAAAGCUUCCCCAUCCACUCUCCAGGUACACACCAGGGUCCCCGCUCAGUAGCAGGUGUUGCCCAUCGGCUCCAUGGUAAACAUGGGAAGAAUGUGGUUCUGCUGGGAGAGGGCUGCCAGGCCGUCAGAGUCGGAGGUUAUGCUCAUGGCAUCGUGUUCAGCGCAAAGGAGCUCAAAGCGGACGAGCUGUUUGAGGUGAGGAUUGAUGAGGUGGAUGAGCAAUGGUGCGGCUCGCUGCACAUCGGUCUGACCACGCUAUCACCCCCGGAGCUGCCGUCCUGCCCGCUGUCAGGUCUCUCCCCCUCCCUCCCACAGCUUCGCACCAAGGUCACCUGGCUGCUCUGCGGCUCAGAGGUCCGUCGCAACGGCGUGCUGCAGCGCCAGAACUACUGCUGCUCACUGGACCGGCUGACGGUUGGGAACCGUGUGGGUGUGAAGAGGUGCAGUGACGACACAAUGCACAUCUUCAUUGACGGAGAAGACAUGGGGCCUGCAGCCACUGCAGUAGCGAAGAACGUGUAUGCAGUGUUGGACCUGUAUGGACGGAUAACAGCCGUGUCAAUUGUUAGCUCCUCAUUAAUGGAGGACAUGGAGAGCGUCAAAGCGCCCUCACUCUCCUCAGACAGCUGCAGUGAAGGAGAGGACGACAGCACUCCCAUCAGAGAGGUUGAGGCUGAGCCGUGUGCGCUGGUGCCCACUGUCAUGGCAUUCCUGGAGAACCACGGCAAAAACAUCCAGCUGUCCAAUCAGAACCUGACAGCAGCCAGAGUAUCCAGCUACAAUCAGGGCCUGCUGGUUACCGCACAGCCACUAGCUCGCCAGCAGCUGUUCCAGUUUCAGAUAGACCGUCUGAACCCAUCGUGGACAUCUUCGCUGUCAUUAGGGGUCAUAGGCCACUCCCCCGACCGGCUCAACUUCCCCUCCACGGCGUGUUGUCUGAAACGCUCGGCCUGGCUGCUGCAGAGAGACUCGGUCUUCCACAACUCUCUGAAGAUAUGUGAGAACUAUGGUCCUAAUCUGGAUACUUGUCCAGAGGGGACAGUGUUGGGUCUGCUGGUGGACUCCAACAGUUGUCUCCACCUGUACGUCAAUGGUAUGGACCAGGGUGUGGCUGCACAGGACAUCCCUUCACCCUGCUACCCCUUUAUAGACCUCUAUGGCCAGUGUGAACAGGUUACAAUAGUUACAAACAACACGCCAGCUGUUGGGGGUGAAAGUGGUGAACCCCGAUGUCAGGGUGACAUGGAGAAGGCAGAUAUGGUUGAUGGAAUCAAAGAGAGUGUGUGCUGGACGCCCCCUCCAGAGGUCAACCCCAAUAAGACCUGUGAGUACCAGGCACUGUGCUCGCGUUUUAAGGACCUCCUCACAUUACCAGAUGGCUAUUUUAAUGAAGACGCAAAGUACAACCUGUGCUACUGUGAGUCCUGCCACAAGCUCCGGGGAGAUGAGGCUUAUUACAAGAGGGGGGAGCCGCCCCGGGACUACGCCCUCCCCUUUGGCUGGUGCCGCUUUGCCCUCAGGAUCAAACCCCACUGUGAGGUUUCUAAUGCACUGAAGAAGUGGCAUAUAGCUUACCACGGCACCAGUGUAGGAGCCCUGCGACGCACGCUGGACCACAGCCAACUGCUGCCUGGAACCUCAUCCAUCUUCUCAGUGUCCCCAGUGAAGGCAGAAGGACCUAACGGCUACAGUGAGCCAGAGGAGAACAGCGCCCCUGGCAGGGAGGUUCCCAGAGUGCGGCUAUCCCCAACAAUGCGCUACUCCGGCAUGGAGAUCUUUGCCCCCAAAGUGCAAUUUCAGGAUCCCCGUUCCCAUCGCUGCCACCAUGCUCAGGUGGGGUUCCAGGUGUGUGUGCGCCCCGGCUCCUACAAGGUGGGACCUCAGACACUUGGCAACAGUGAACCUCUGGACCCUCGCUUCAGCAACUCAGAGAUCGAGUGGAUCACCAAGGAGCAGGGCGGCACGCUCCUCUAUGGACUACUCAUACGAGUUGAGUGAAACAAGGCGGCGAGGGAAAGGCAAUUGGGUGGGAGUAGGGAGGAUCAAUGUAGGUCCUCCUUGUACUUCUUAAAAAAAACUGACAACCAAAUCCAACCCCUGCCUUGAGCGAGAGACUCCUCUGGAAUCCAGCUGUUCCUACUGUGGAUUGUUGACAAUUCAGCGUUAUGGGUUUGUUUCAUUUUUUCUUUCGGUUGUUUGCUCUUGGACUCUUUUAAUGGACCCGGGGUAUACGGCGGUUUCAAAGAAGAACAGACACUGCCUGCACUUUAUGUUUUGGACACUCGUGGGCGAUUUUUAAACGUACUUAUCGACCCAACGCGUCAAUUCAUUAGCUACAUUUAGUUUUUUAUUGCCAUGUUUAGGUUCUCAUUCCCUGCAUUAUUAUUUUUUUUUUUUAUCACCACCCUCACAAGCUACUUUUUUUCCCCCCAUUAUUUUGUGGCGCUUACUUUAAUACUUUUCACCUCUGCUCUGGUCAGUGUUAUAUUUUGGGAGGAGCUGUCCCCUGCCAACCUUGCACGUUAACGGAUCGUCACCUAAAAAGACUGAAACGUGGAAAAUAGAAAAAAGAAAAAAAGAGUGACAAUGUUUUCCAAAAGAUAUUUAAACAGAAAGACUUGAAUCUGAGAAUGAACCCAAGAGUGUCUUGUGAUUGUGACUUUUUUUUUUAGAGGGGAAGAUUUUAAAAACUGGAGGAAGAAAAACAUGUUUACACGUGCUGUAUGUUGCUGUCCUUAGUGUGUAUCCACAUCAGUAGUCCGGCUACUUUCUCAGUCCUGUUUGCGUUUCUGUUUCAUCACUUUUGUCACGUCCUGUGUGAUGGAAAUUAUUCAUGGGCUCUACACGUUGGAGAAAACUGGAAGAGUUAACAGAUUCAUUAAAUAACCUCCUCUACCUUUUGGAAAGUUAAAAACUCGAUUUGGAGAUGAUGAAUGUCAGAGUACGUGCCAGCCUCACAGUCAGUGUGAUAUAAUGUGUAACAUCAUGAGAUAUUGAAAUAUAAAUAUAAAAAA